AUGCUGGGCCUGGACGCGUGCGAGCUGGGGGCGCAGCUGCUGGAGCUGCUCCGGCUGGCGCUGUGCGCCCGAGUCCUCUUGGCUGACAAGGAGGGGGAGCCAGUCCCAAAAGAUGAGGUGCUGGACGAAAUUGUACCAGAGUACCAGGCCCCUGGGAAGAAGAGCAUGCUGGCAAUCUGGCAGCUGGACCCUGAGGACGUGAGCCUGGUCAAGUACAAGCAGGCGCUGCUGGGGCCCCUGCCACCCGUUGUGGACCCCAGCCUGCCCAACGUGCAGGUGACCAGGCUGACGCUGCUGUCUGAUCAGGCUCCAGGGCCUCUCGUCAUGGACCUUACAGGAGACCUGGCUGCCCUGAAAAACCAGGUGUUUGUCCUGAAGGAGGGCAUUGAAUACAAGGUGAAGAUCACCUUCAAGGUCAACAAGGAGAUUGUCAGUGGCCUCAAAUGUCUGCACCACACCUAUCGGCGGGGACUACGCGUGGACAAGGCCAUCUGCAUGGUGGGCAGCUACGGCCCCCGGGCCCAGGAGUAUGAAUUUGUGACGACAGUGGAGGAAGCACCAAGGGGCGCAUUGGCACGUGGCCUCUACGUGGUCAGGUCCCUCUUCACUGAUGAUGACAGGCUUGACCACCUGUCCUGGGAGUGGUGCCUCCACGUCUGCCAGGACUGGAAGGACUGA